AUGGUCAAGGCGGAUGUCAAGCGGGACUACUAUGCGGACCUGGAAUUGCCGCCAACUGCUGAUUCUGAAGACAUCAAGAGACAGUUCAGACUGCUGGCCAAACAGUAUCAUCCGGACCGCAAUCCUGGCCAUGAAGUCGAAGUUGUCCCCAAAUUUCAGGCCGUUCAAGCUGCCCACGAAGUCUUGAUUGAUCCUGUGGAAAAGCAGAAAUAUGACCAGGGCAGGGCAAAGCUCGCUGCCAAGAUGGGGCCUCCCUAUGCGCAGACGGCCGAUCCUUAUUCUUUUGCCCGUUCUAACAACCACCCAAAGCCUACGACGGCUGCGCCGUCUUUCGGCUUCCCGCCCCCAAAGCCAAAGGAGAAGCGAACUCCAUUUCCUCCUCCCAAUCAGAAGCCUGCUUCAUCGGGCGCUGACAAGUUCAAUACCUGGACUCGUUCCGCGCCGAACAAUACCUGGGACCGAUCGAGGUUUGAAGCUGAGGCUGCUCGUGGCUUUUCUAGCAUGAGACAACCACAGAAUUCUCCUCAGAUGCCACCUCGAUCCACCCGCCAACAUCCUACUGCACCCAAGCCACCCCCGCCUGCUGAGACUGCUCACGUCCCCAAUGUUCCUCCUACCAGUUUCCCGGGCUUGUCAAGGACCCAGAGUGCUCGGAGGACCACAGGAUACAUGCCAGGUGCCCAUGGAAAUGUCGAUGAACCCGCUGCUCCACGCACUUCAGCCUACGCACAUGUCAGAGCGGAUCGUACGUAUCCGCCACAGUCUUCAAAUAUCCAUGUAUCUGAGCCUUUCAAUAUGCGAUCUCCCCCAGUUUCACGAGCAAGACCGACUGUAAGUCCACUACGACACGCUCGUUCUUCAGAUCAGGAUAUGCGAUCCGAGCGUAUCAACACCUCCCGCCCAUCUGCCAAGUAUGCGACCCCAGGUGGAGAGAGGACCGACAUUCGUGACGAUGGUCUACAUCGGUCCGCAAGUGUUCGAAACUCCCCAGUAGAACCUCAUUGGGAAGAACGGGGUCCUUUCGGUCAGCCCUCAUCGCGAUACGAACAGGUCCCUCGUCACCGUAGUGCGAGUCCCAAGGUGAGCUCGACAGGAAUUCAUGCUGAUUAUUCCUCGUCCUCGGGUGAAGACGAAGCGGUCCAUAUGAAUAGAAGACCAAAGGCAACUCCAAAGAGUCGCCCCAAAGCACAGACAGGUCCCAGCUUUCGAGCUUUCGCCGAUGAUGAUCCUGCUCUUACCGGCCAGUUUCCCAGUACUAAUUAUACCAAAAUCAUCGACGAAUCCCAACACCAUUAUCCUCCUCCUGAGCCCAGGGAGCACACCCGGAAGCCUUGGACCGGUCUGGCGUCGCCCGAUGUUGAGAUUCCCAAGCCUGAAUUUGGUGGACGUGGUGAAAAUAUGGAUGGUCCCAAGUAUGCUGCUGCUCCCCCUAAUGAGUUUCCCCAAUCUUGGUCGCAGCGUUUGGGUUUGAAAGAGUCGAGACGAGGGCAGUCUUUCAACGGUGUACCUUCUUGGGCGGUUCCUUCAAGUGUCUACCCUCAGAGGACACCUCCGCGAACUGAACCGCGAAAGAACGCUCGUCGUACAGUCUCCGAUGCUCUGCACCGCUCUGCUCAAACCCCCUGCUCUGGCGCUCCUCCUCCCUUGGCUAGAAUUUUCACUAAUCCAAGUAGCAGUCACAGUGAAAAAUCGACACACCAUGCCCACGUUCCUUUUGUGGCAUCCGAAUGGCAUGACAAGGUUACAUCUGAUGAUUUUCUACCUAAUCAAUCUCAGCUGCGAAAGUCCCCUUCCAAGACUUCUCGACCUGCCAAACCGAUCACUCGUGGCCGUGGGCUUUCAAGAUCUGCUGAUCGAGACGGGCAAUCUUCAUCUGAAAGUUCUGUCGGGCAUGGAGUUCCUCCUAUUGAAAGACGAACCCGGGAUGUGCCACAUACCACAAAAGCAGAAGCCUUUCAGCCAGGGAAACUCUCAGGCGAUUGGGCCUCGAACCUCAAAGCCUCCAGCAGUCGAACAGAAGAUCGAGCCGCGUCGCACCACAGAAACGAUGACACGAGUUCGGCAAGCUCCAGGGAACCAUAUGUUGUGGUAGAGGAAGAUGUUAUGGACGUGGAUGACAGCCCCGUGACAGGAAACGGUCUUCACCGCCGCGCUACUAAUGGUAUCAAUCACUCUCUUCGAGAUGCCUCUAGAAGAUCAAGUAAACGACAAUCCAUGAAUGGAGGUGUAGAUCUGAGCGAAUUCUCACAACAUGCACCAUUUACCACGAAUUUAGGUGGACUGAAAGACAUGGAUGAUAUGGCUGCCAACCUCCCCUUUGAAUCCCGGCCCGAGAAUAAAGUCGACCUUGAUCGAAACUCUUCCAAUAACAAAACCUGCCGUCCACUAGCUCUACCUCGCCCACCAAAAUGUGUGAUUCCACCGGCUGAGGACCGCCUUUCAAUGGAAAACUUCACUCAAUACACCCAAAACAUGGGUUUGUACAUGCAGGACUGGAAUAAAUUUAAUGCCAGGAUGCUGGAGCACUUCCGUCGCCGUCAAGAUAUGGUGUGUGGCGACAUGCUAGAAAAUUGGAUCAGAAUGCGCUCGGAUGGCCCCGAUGCACACGGAGACGAUGGAGAGGCUGGAGCGACCGCACGGCAAGGAGGUUAUGCAGGUUAUGCAACCUAUAUGCAAUGGUUACAAGAUGACGCCAAAUGCCGCGAAUGGUGGGAUCACGCCAACGAACUGCACAUGAAGUGCCUCGAGGAUCUAGGUCGUAUUAGGGAGAAGGCAAAGAAGUCUCUUACUCAUUGA